GGAAACGCUGAAAAAUAAUACAAUGAGUAGAAAACAACAGGCUCCGCCCACUGCUCAGUCACUAAGUAACCCACUACUACUAAUAAUAAUAAUAACAACAAUAAAUCUCCCAAAAUGCUAAUUAGUAAGAUUCCUUUGCUUUGUAGUGCUCUAGCCUGCUGAGAGCUUAAAAGUGAAAGAUUGUUACUGACAGCAGCUACAUCUAAGUGUUUAUUCAUUUUCCUUUAGACUGAAUAGUUGCUGAUUUUAUCUUGGAGACGUUUCUCCUCACAUCAGCUUCAGAUCUAAAGCUUGGGUUGUGAGUAGGAGGCUUAGAAGUUCUGGUCAGAAACAAACACGCUGAUUGUGAUGGAAGUUUUUAUUGUUCCUAAAGUAGAAAUCUGUUUUUAUCUAAAUGAAGUUCAUGUUCUUGUUCCUUUUUCCCACAUCAUGUAGCCAGUAUCACUCAUGGUGUACAUAUAAAGGUAUGGUGGUCUGUAACAUCAUGUGUCUGUGUUUCCUACAGAUGUUCCACAGCUGGUGCUGGUUAAAGAAGAAGCUCCUGAAGAACAGAGUGCUGGUGUGGACCAGCAGGACCCAGAACACCUCCACAUAAAGGAGGAACAGGAGGAGCUCUGGACCAGUCUGGAGGGAGAGCAUCUCUGUUUGAAGGAGGAGACUGAAGCUGUCGGGUUUCCUGUUACUGCUGUUUCUAUAAAGAGUGAGGAUGAUGAAGAGAAACCUCUGGUCUCACAGCUUCAUCAGCAGCAAAUAGAAGACAGAGAUGUUCCAACCAGCAGCUCAGCUGACCAGAUGGCAGCAGAAACUGGUGGAGGAGCAGGAACUAGCAGGAACCCAGAUCUGAACCCUCAUGAACAAACAUCUGAUUCUUCAGAGACUGAAGUUAGUGGAGAUGAUGAUGAUGAAGAUGAUGAUGAUGGUGUGAAUCUGGACUCUGAGCUGUCAGACUCUGGGUCUGAAACUGGAGAUGAAGAUGAUGACUGGAAUGAGAGCAGGUCUUCUGAGUCAGAUGUUUCAAGGAAGAGAGAAGAGAUGGAUGAGAAACCUCUGCUCUUACAUUUCCACAACCAUCAAAUGAAAGACGGAGGUGUCCCAACCAGCAGCUUAGCUGGGCAGAUGGCAGCAAAAGUUGGUGGAGGAGCAGAAACUAUCAAGAACCUAGAUCUGGACCCUAAUGAAAAGACAUCCAAUUCUUCAGAGAUUGAAGUUAGUGGAGAAGAUGAAGAUGAUGUGAAUCUAGACUCUGAGCGUUCAUACUCUGGGCCUGAAACUGGAAACGGAGACCAUGGCUGUAAUGAGAACAAGUCUUCAGAGUCAGAUAUUAAGACAGUCAGCAAAUCAUUUAGCUGCCCUGUGUGUGGUAUACGGUUCCUCCACAAGUGGUUUCUUCAGGAACAUGUGAGAGUGACAAGUCAUUCAGCAGUGAAGUCUUCAGAGUGUUUGGUUAAUACAAAAUGUGUGAAAGAGAAGCAACAUGGAGGGUCAUGUAGAAAAGUCCAAAAACAACCAAAAUCAUUUAGUUGUGAUGACUGUGGAAAAAGAUUUGGCCAAAAGUCCAAAUUAACCUAUCAUAUGAAAGGCCACACCGGGGAUAAGCCUUUUGCCUGUAAGCUCUGUGGAUACAGAUGUACCAAAAAGGCAAGUUUAAACACACACAUGAGAGUCCACACAGGAGAGAAGCCUUUUGCCUGUGAGCUCUGUGGAUACAGAUGUACCAAAAAGUCAAAUUUAAAUGAUCACAUGAGAGUCCACACAGGAGAGAAGCCUUUUGCCUGUGAGCUCUGUGGAUACAGAUUUACCCAAAAGUCAAAUUUAAAUGAUCACAUGAAAGUCCACACAGGACAGAAGCCUUUUGCCUGUGAGCUCUGUGGAUACAGAUGUACCCAUAAGGCAAGUUUAAACACACACAUGAGAGACCACACAGGAGAGAAGCCUUUUGCCUGUGAGCUCUGUGGAUACAGAUGUACCAAAAACUCACAUUUAAAUGAUCACAUAAGAGUCCACACAGGAGAGAAGCCUUUUGCCUGUGAGCUCUGUGGAUACAGAUGUACCCAAAAGUCAAAUUUAACCAAACACAUGAGAGUCCACACAGGAGAGAAGCCUUUUGCCUGUGAGCUCUGUGCAUACAGAUGUACCAAAAAGUCACAUUUAAAUGAUCACAUGAGAGUCCACACAGGAGAGAAGCCUUUUGCCUGUGAGCUCUGUGGAUACAGAUAUACCAAAAAGGCAAGUUUAAACUAUCACAUGAGUGUCCACACAGGAGAUAAGCCUUUUGCCUGUAAGCUCUGUGGAUACAGAUGUACCAAAAAGGCAAGUUUAAACUAUCACAUGAGUGUCCACACAGGAGAGAAGCCUUUUGCCUGUGAGCUCUGUGGAUACAGAUGUACCAAAAAGUCAAAUUUAAAUGAUCACAUGAGAGUCCACACAGGAGAGAAGCCUUUUGCCUUUGAGCUCUGUGGAUACAGAUUUACCCAAAAGUCAAAUUUAAAUGAUCACAUGAAAGUCCACACAGGACAGAAGCCUUUUGCCUGUGAGCUCUGUGGAUACAGAUGUACCCACAAGGCAAGUUUAAACACACACAUGAGAGUCCACACAGGAGAGAAGCCUUUUGCCUGUGAGCUCUGUGGAUACAGAUGUACCAAAAAGUCACAUUUAAAUGAUCACAUAAGAGUCCACACAGGAAAGAAGCCUUUUGCCUGUGAGCUCUGUGGAUACAGAUGUACCCAAAAGUCAAAUUUAACCAAACACAUGAGAGUCCACACAGGAGAGAAGCCUUUUGCCUGUGAGCUCUGUGCAUACAGAUGUACCAAAAAGUCACAUUUAAAUGAUCACAUGAGAGUCCACACAGGAGAGAAGCCUUUUGCCUGUGAGCUCUGUGGAUACAGAUAUACCAAAAAGGCAAGUUUAAACUAUCACAUGAGUGUCCACACAGGAGAUAAGCCUUUUGCCUGUGAGCUCUGUGGAUACAGAUGUACCCAAAAGGCAAGUUUAAACUAUCACAUGAGUGUCCACACAGGAGAUAAGCCUUUUGCCUGUGAGCUCUGUGCAUACAGAUGUACCAAAAAGUCAAUUUUAAAUGAUCACAUGAAAGUCCACACAGGAGAGAAGCCUUUUUCCUGUGAGGUCUGUGGAUACAGAUGUACCAAAAAGGCAAGUUUAAACACACACAUGAGAGUCCACACAGGAGAGAAGCCUUUUGCCUGUGAGCUCUGUGGAUACAGAUGUACCAAAAAGUCAAAUUUAAAUGAUCACAUGAGAGUCCACACAGGAGAGAAGCCUUUUGCCUGUGAGCUCUGUGGAUACAGAUGUACCCAAAAGGCAAGUUUAAACACACACAUGAGAGUCCACACAGGAGAGAAGCCUUUUGCCUGUGAGCUCUGUGGAUACAGAUGUACCCAAAAGGCAAGUUUAAACAAACACAUGAGUGUCCACACAGGAGAGAAGCCUUUUGCCUGUGAGCUAUGUGGAUACAGCUGUCCCCAAAAGGCAAGUUUAAACAAACACAUGAGAGUCCACACAGGAGAGAAGCCUUUUGCUUGUGAGCUCUGUGGAUACAGAUGUAACCAUAAAGCAAGUUUAAACACACACAUGAAAGUCCACACAGGAGAGAAGCCAUUUGCCUGUGAGCUGUGUGGACAAAGAUUUAGCCGAAAGGCAAAUUUAAAAAGACAUACGAGCAUCCACAAAAGGCUUGAGGGACUUAUUUAACAACAGUACUUCCAAAUGUACUAUUUAGUUUUUUUACAACCUUAAUAUUAGUCUUGUACCUCUGCUCAACUAUCUUUGUGCAAGUCCAUACUCGGCCCUUGAGCCACCUCCCCUUUUCAUUUUCAUUUCCAAAUCUCCUUUGUUUUUUAAACUCAGACCUUAACCAAACAUUUGAGAUGUUCAUUCAUGAAUUCUGAAUACAAAAAAAAUUACUUAAAGAUUAAGAAAAAACUGUUAUUCCCUCCUGUAUUUAAGAAACAGACAAUAUAACAGGCACAUGAUUGUUUUAGUACAUAACCCACUGCAAUUUAAAGCUGUUAGAUACCAGUGACGUCUGCUUUAAACAAUUUAUCUGUAUAUAAAGUAAUAGCGUACAAUGUUGUAAUAACUGCAGCUUAAAAAUAAUGUGUCUUUAUUCAUUUGGAGCCCUUAAGAAGAAAUCCCACCUUAAAGGCUGUGGAGAGACAUCUGGGUCUGUUGUCAAGAAGUCAUAAAUUACAAGCAGCUCUGUGGAGACUCCAUUCUCCAACAUUAGCAUUUUGCUAUUCUAAGCAGGCUUACCCCUGCUUUCCACAGGAGCCGUCAGCAGCACGUUACUGCAGCAGCACGUCAUUGCUGCUGAUAGGAACCGCUGUGGUCAACAGAACCUUUUCCACCGGAGCCAUCAGCAGCGCGAAUCGUGCACGUCUCAGGAGCAGCAUGUAGCGGCCCUUACGCGCCGGUUCUAUUUUCUAUGCGCAACGCUUCUGAAACGGGUCAAGUUCGACAUUUUUGGGGAAGGAAAGACAGGAAAUUGGACGCGGAAACGGAGCGAAGCUCCCGAGAUUUUCAGAAUAAAGAAAUGUACUGCCUUCCGGUAGCUUUACUUUUAAAAAAUGUUACUAACUGUGCGGCCCCGUGAGAAGUUAUCACCUAGCUAGCGAUCUCCUUUGUUUUUCAGGUCCGUAUUGGCGAUUAUAAAACGGACAGAACAUUAGGGCUGUAGCGAAGCCUCGACGACAUCGACGGCUCGAUUCUAAAAAUUUGUCGACGUCAGAUCCGGAAGUCGACGCACCGCGUCCACUUGUUGCAUCCCCAGGAAAUUGUAAAUAGAGGAGGAAACUGCCCGUUUUUCCUCUAGUUCGCCCGCUUCUCCGCCUUCACUAACAUCUCCGCCAAAUAGUGAAGACCCGGAACAAUGUCCGUCCACUACUAGAUUAUUUUCCUGUGUUUCCCACCUUCAUCUCCCGGCAACGGACAACAACUUCCGGGGUCAGAUGCGCUGCUUCGUCGUUACCGCAGAUGUAGGACAUUACCGGGAGCAUUUCUCCAUUAAGGAGCUUCUUUCAGACAUUCGGAAAGCUGUUUUGGUGGUAGCAGUCUCUCCUCCGUGCUGGUCUGUUUGCUGCUGGGUGUUUUUGUUUUAUUUAAACUUGGUAACUUGAACUUAAUGUUGGUAAAGCUACUGUUAGCAUUUUCGCUAACAGCUUCUUGCGUUAGGAUAAGUUGUUACGUUUUGGUUUAGAGUUCAUCUUUUUUGUGGUGCAGAUCUCCCUUUUAUUACAUUUAGAGUGUUGUGGGUUUUCGGUUUAGUGUAAAUUAUCAUCUUGAGUUUGGUUUAACCACCCAGUUUAGUGUUUUGACUUUUGGAGAUCCUUAUUUUGGUCAAGAACCCAGUAAUCUUUGCCCUAACCCUGUACCAGAAUUUUUAGAGAUGCUGUUGCAGAGUUAUAAGCAGUGAACAGAUGCUGGAAAGACAGAACCACUUCUGGGCUGCAUGGUUCUCCACCGGUGUACCGAUGCUUGUAUUAACAUGGACUAGAUUGUAAUAAACCGGUUAUCUUUUUUAACUCAAACUUUGCCAUAAUUGAGUCAUAGCACUCCAAGAAACAGCUCAGCAUGAAAAUUAACCACAUUCCCUUUAUUUCUGAUGACACAACUAAUCACUGCUGGUGGACGAUUAAUCACAGACACUUAGCUUUUCUGCAUGCGUUCUGUAUUCAGUGUGAACGAGGCUUCACGCCCUCUCUCAGUAGCGCAGCAUCGUGCGGUUGUCCGGUUCAGAUUUUUUUCAUGUAGUUGUGGUUUAGGCUUUUUUUUUGCCAUUUUCACUGAUAAAAGCUGUGGGAUUAUUCAUUUGUGAAUUAAUUAAGCAAUACAGAUCACAGUCCAAUGUUUUUGUUUUGUUUUGAUUUUUAAGUAAGGUUCAGCAAAUGCUGUCGAAUCACUGAACGCCAUCAUCUGGGAAAUGAAAUAUGAACUGUUUCCAAGUACUGCUGUAAUGUGCUUGCAUACCACUAGGCAGGAAAAAAAUAUUUGUAUAUAGCGUCUCUCAAGAUAAGCUCACAAGGCGCUUUAUAAGAACGACAAAAUAAAGUUCUGUUCUUCUGGGUAAAGCAGCAGUUACAGGAUUGUGGAGAUUUCUUUCAAUCUGUGAUUUUAGCAAUUUUUAUUUUCUAUCCUGUUUAGUUUAAUGAGACGUCGUUGUUUCACUAAGAUUAAAGUACACUUUGCUUCA